AUGUCUUCAAACAUUGCGGGAACCGGGACUGAUUCCCAACCCAAGAAGCGUUAUGUCGUUUUCUCUGUCCGCCAAGUUCGCGGAAACCUGUGCAAAAGAAUUCAAAAAUUCAAAAGAUUCUUGACCAAUCUACGAAUUGACAGGCGUUCUGGCCUUUCAUCCGUCCGCUCUGGUAGCAGUACACCUGAAGAGCCCCUGAUCCCGCAUACCGACAAGACAAAAGAGGACAUUGAGCCCCAGAAGCCUGCAGAAGAAGAAUUCGCCGCGCAAAUCCCAGAGGAACAAGAGGAGUUCAGCCCGGCCAAACAUCUCAACUUGCAUCCUAGUCAAGUCAGAAGUGGAAGUGGAACCACCGCUACCGGCAAAAGAGGCAGUGCCGAGUCGACCCCCAAGGAUACGACUAGAAUCGAUGCCUUCCCCAAGGGAAACUUUAAGAAUGACGUUGCCCAUGUCCCUCUCAUCAACAGGUGGGACAAUCAUCCGAGCAUGCGUCGAAAACCCAACCAGCCUGCGUCGCUUCAUGAGUACUGGGACAUGCAAAUGCGUCUCCGCGGCAUGCGCCAUGUGCCGGAAUCGAAUUAUUCAAGCUCCGAAACCGACGAGGAAGUUCCGGGAAGAAGCGAAAACGUUACUAUCCGGCAAGACCUACCGACGAAGGAUGAUCUGGGAAAGAACAAGAGAUUUGAUGACAAGCAGGAUCUACCGGCUAAGAAAGAUCCGGGAAAGAAGGCUAUGCCUGAAGAUAUCAACUCUUCUUGA